UCAAAGCUUGUUCAAGCGUUCAUAAUAAAGAUGGCGUCGAAGCAAACUGAAAAAGAACCCGUAAAUGCAGUUCACCAAAAUAGUAUCUUAUGUGAAACUAUAGCGAAGGAAAAUAGAUGUCAAAAAAUAUAUACAAACUAUGGUAUUAAUCCAUUUAGAAAGAUUCAUGUGAUAGCAGGGAAACCCAAUUCACAGCAUGACACUGCUGAAGGGGAAGAAGAUGUACAUUUUCAAGAUAUUAUACGUAGAGCCCACCAAGAACCUGUGAAAAAAUAUCCUUUCCCACAGACAGAAUCACAAGAAUAUGGCUGGAUAAGUCAUCCAUUGAUUGAACAUGAUCGUACAGAUAGAAGAUUGAAUUUCUAUCGCCACAACUCCAGCAUUACUAAAUAUAUGGAUAAAGCAUGGAGUCUUAUGGACAAGAAAGAGCCAACGCCCAAAACAUAAAGCUGAUGAUUCUCAGAACAGGUGUUGAAAUGAUAUGUCAAACACAGCUACUCUGGUUUCAAUGAAUAUACCACUGAACAUUCUUUUACAAGCUUUGAGUUUUUUUACCGUAUCUAUUUUGUUCAAUUUUACUUUAAAGAAGCAUGUGAGUAAAUGAGAAUAAAUGGUACUUCAUUUACGAUAAUUUGAUUAAUUUAACAAGUGCAAUGCCUUGAAAUUAAUAUUAGAAAUUGUACCACGGUUCCUUUAGCUCCUAAGACACUUUUACAAAUUGAAAUGUAUUACAUUCUAAUGGUUUGUUUAUUCUAGUUAUGUACAACAUUUUUUGUUUUCUAAAACAAUGUGAAUUAAUAAAGCAAGUAGCUUCCCCUUUGAUUUAGGCAAGAAAAAAGCACUACAUCUUUCUAUUUAAAUUCUAUGUAGCCAAGAAAUUGUGCUCAAUUUAUUAAAGAAUAAAAUGGUAUAUGUUGACUGUA